AACUUCUCUCACUGGAGUGCUGACCAUCGAAGGGUGAACAAUAACUGUGACUCAGCUCUUCACACAGUGGGCUUUGCUGAUGUCUUACUUUGGACUUGUACUUAAUAGUGUCAGUCACAGUCUUGGAGAAUACAGGAAGAUUCUGAACCCAAUCGUGCUUGACUUAAAGGUGUUAUCAUCACAUGGACCAGUUGUCAUCUUGACGACUAGACUGCAUCAGCCGUUGGGAAAUUUCAGUCCCAGUUGUGGGGCUGAAAUCUUAACACUACACAGGUUGUACUGUGUGCUUAUCCAACUGUAUUGCAGCUUUCUGUGGUUGCAAUUUGUACGAAACUUGUCAUCUUGUAGCUAAGAGUGACGGUACGGACGAUUCUGCUGCUGUGACUGCAAAUUCAUGUUGUGUGUAUACUAUCAUCAGAAUGAAUGAGUACAAGGCAAACAUCCUCUUCAGUUUGACCCAAGUUUCACCGGUUUGUUGAGUUUCCAUACAUCCCCGUUUGGCAAGCAGUGAACUGCGUUUCAAGAUAGGAUUAAGCAUCCAUGGAUGUGCUGUGAUCUAUAUUGCCUGCAUGCCUACGAUACUAUGAAUGAUGUACCACCCAAAGACGCCAGUUCUAAUGGAUAUUACGUCUCGGAGAGACAAACGUAUGCCGCCCACACGCAGACUAUGUCAGGCAAGUUAUGGGGGAUCGGCGAGUAGCAAAGGCACCGCAUCGGAGAUGUCAGUUGGGAGACCGUCCAUACCUCAAAAUCUUCCUCAGAGCCUGAGCUACCUGCAGCACCAUCAACAGAUGCAGCAACAGCAGCAACUCAAGCAACAACAACAGCAGAUGAUGCAGCAGCAACAGCAGCUGAUGCAGCAGCAACAGCAACAGCAUCACUUGCAGCAGCAGCAACAACAACAGCACCACUUGCAGCAGCAGCAACAACAACAGCACCAUUUGCAGCAGCAACAGCAGCAACAGCACCACUUGCAGCAGCAACAGCAGCAACAACACCACCUGCAGCAGCAACAGGCUGACAGGCUAGCCGUAGCCGCUGCAGGUAUGAGACCGCCGUUUAACCCAGCUAAUCUGCGGUCUGGCACCGGACCCCCUUUGCCUGUUGGAACGAGCAUGGCUGGCACCUCGGCUGCAGCCUCUUUCUUUGCAAGGGCAGCACAGAAGCUAAACCUCAGCUCCAAGAAGAGAAAGCAGCAGCAACAGCAGCAUCAGCUGCAGCAACGGCUGCCAGUAUUUGUUCCGGACCCUCACGCCAGGGAGCCGGAGGCACCGCUCUUCCCAACCAACUUCAGCCAGGUCAUCGCCAGAUCCCCACCCCCUGCUCCCCCUUCCCUGCUCCGCAAUGUGGCCAGGGUCAAAGACAACCCUGGUGUCGGAAAGGUUAAAGUCAUGCUGAGGGUUGUGCCCUCAGGUAACCCCACGGACAACGCCACGUUUGUCACCGUGGAUACCAAGAAGAAGCAAGUGACCUUGUUUGACCCCACCUUUCUCUCCGGCUUCAUCACGCCGGCCAAUCGCAGGGCAGGGGUAGCCGCGCCCAAGAUGUUUGCCUUCGACGCGAUCUUUCCACAAGAAGCCUCGCAGGCUGAGGUUUGUUCAGGCAGCGUCUCAGAUAUUGUCUCAUCGGUAGUCAACGGAGCUGAUGGAUGUCUUUUCUGUUAUGGACACUCGCAUCUCGGCAAGACAUAUACCAUGGUAGGCAGCGACAAAUCGGUGCACACUAUCGGGAUAAUCCCCUGUGCUAUAGCCUGGCUCUUCAAAUUGAUCAACGAGAAGAAAGAGAGGACUAGCACACGUUUCUCGGUCCGGGUCUCGGCCGUAGAAGUCUACGGCAAACAGGAGAACUUGAGGGAUUUACUGGUGGAACAGGCAAAUGGUAGUAACAAUGGAUGUGGCACCUCCCCCGCCUUAUAUCUCCAAGAAGAUCCCAUCUGUGGCAUACAGCUGCUCAACCAGAAUGAGCUGCGAGCACCGACGGCAGAGAAGGCCGCCUUCUAUCUGGAUGCCGCCAUCGCUGCUAGGAUGAACAAAUCUAGCAAAGAAGACCCAGAGGACAGCAAGUACUCUCACAUGCUCUUCACCCUGCACGUGUAUCAGUAUCGCAUUGACAAGUCCGGCAAGGGCGGUGUCAUCGGUGGGCGGAGCCGACUCCACCUGAUUGACUUGGGAAGCGGGGAUAAGAGCGGCGGGAAGAUCGUGAACGGAGUGGCGCUGUCAUACUCGGCUCUUGGCCAGGUCAUCCUGGCGUUGCUCAACAACCAGAAACACAUCCCUAACAAGGAUAGCAAGCUGACACGAAUCCUGCGUGAAGCCAUGGGGAGUUUGUCUUGUCGGACGGUCAUGAUAGCCCAUGUGUCUUCAGCCAUCCAGUCCUACUCUGAGACGCUCAAUACCAUCCAACUGUCAUCCAGGAUCCAUCGCAUGAGGAAAAAGAAAUCCAAGUAUUCUGGUACCAGUUCAUCGGGCGGUGAAAGUUCCUGUGAAGAGGGUCGGAUCCGGCGCCAUGUACGCCCCCUCCACUCCCGUCACCAAAGCAGUGGAAUGCAGGUCACUAACGCCCUCAACCAAAGUGAGCCGGAAUACCUAUCCAGUAGUGAACAGUCUUGCGAUACGGUCAUCUACUGUGGUCCUGAUGGCUGUGCCUUGAGCGACCGAGAGUUGACGGACAAUGAAGGACCGCCUUCACAUGUUCCGAUAUGGAGACCCCCAAUCCUCGAAUCGGACGAGGAGGAGGUCAGUGACCUUCCGAAAGACUCACAGACACUUGAUAAAAGUGUGGCAGAUCCAAUUUAUGAAGUGAUUGAACCGGAGGAAUCUACUAAGUCACUACUGGAAGCUUGUCAACCAGUAUCACUCCAACAGGCAUGCGAGGGUCCAUCACCAACUCAGACUCCUCCAACAAGAAUUCCUGUGGCCGCAAGUCCGGUUAAGAAAAGUGGGCUUCCUGUGCCCACUAGAAGACAUUCACCAAAAUCUGAGCAGCCUUCUUCACCCUCAGAGAAGGGUACAGUUGCAACGGGGACAUGCACAGAGCCAACAGCUUCACCUGCAGAAAUGUGCCGCUCACAUGACAAAUCACGGCCGAGUGUUAGCGCCAAACCAAAAGUUCCCAUGAGGAGGACUCAAGGAGUAAGUACAGUCAUGACUGGGGAGUCUUUAAUGGAGGAGCAAGACGGUUUGCCAACAGUACUUGAAAGUCAGGAGGAUGAGGCUUAUGGUAAUGGAACACUAGAGGAAAAAGCUUCAUCAGAAGAUUUGACAACUGCUGUUUUGGAUCAGGUUCAGUGUUUGCAGUGGGAGGAGGAUGUUGAAAAAGAAAAUGAGGAUGAGCCUACAAACCAAGAAGAUAAAACACAGCAAAUGAGCAAAGAAGAAGAGCAGAGACUCAAGGCUGGCAUGGCUCAACACAAGGACCUCCCUCCGAUCCUUCCUCCAAAACUCUUCCUGAACUGCAGCACAAGUAAAGUCCCACCACCCCCUCCGAAACCCCAGAUUAACAAGCUGACUGAACCGUGCUUGGAGUCAGACGAUGAUGAUGAACUGUCCGAGCUGCGCAACAUGGAUAAGAGUCUGUGCUCUCAGCUGAAGGCAGUUGAGCCAGAGACCCCAGGAGGCGAUAGCUUAAAAGAUGGAGACUUCCUGGAAGGCUUCAGUCAGAAGAGGAUGUCAGUAAGAGAAAGAUUGAUGCUGAUGCACAGCAAUCUUGGUACAGAUUCAGAUGCUAUCCUUAGAUGUCUUGGCUCUAUUGAUAAUCUGUCAGACAUGCUGGAGAAGCCAGUAUCUGAAGUGUCUGAGGGUGAUCUAUCUAUUGCGUUCUCAGAACAGGAUACAAUGAGCUUUGUAUCCCAGGACACUAGCGGAGCAAUUUCUUUUGAUGACACCAUGACCCUUGAUGACCUCCCCAUGGGAUCAGAGGCAAUCUGCUGCAUCAAGGAGCUGGAACAGCGCUCCAUUGAUUCCUUCUCUGAAAACUUCUCGCUGAGUCUGAACGAAGCCAGCGUGAAUGGCUGUGUCAAUGAGCCCUACCUACUCCUUGGGAUGGAAGACAGAGCUAAUCUGAGUGUGGGUAACAUUGGCCACUAUGUGUACUCUGACGAUGAGUCAGAGAUUGUGGAGACUGGAGGAGAGAGGCAUAUCCGGAGGAGGAAACGUUCAGAGUAUCUGUCUGAGCAGGAAACCUAUGAAUCUGCCUCCCUUGCUAGUCAUGACCUGGAAGCCAUCAAAUCCAUGUAUGUUAUCUCCAGUCUUAAUCUUGAGGACAUUUCUCUUCUUGAUGACGAUCUCUUGGAAGGAUCUGAGAUCACCAUGCCGGAGAUGAAUCUGCAAGGAGGCUACAUGGAGGAUGAGGCAACAGUUGUCACCUACAUGACCAUCAAUGAUGAGCAAGUUGUGAUGAGAGAGAAGCAUCUUGCUAUUGACCAUCCUCUCAGGAGACUCAGUUGCAUCAGUGAUGCAACCGAUGCCACCUUCAGCACAACCUCCAGGCCAGCAAGCUUCAUGGAGCAAGAUGAUGAUAACACCAUCGUUGAUGAGGAAAAUGAGGAAUCAACCCUUGAUAACUCAAGCAGCUCUCAGUGGCUUCCAAAAAACGAAAGUCUGCCCGGCCUGAGGGACGCUAACAGGAACUGGAACUGUAGCUCAGGCGGGGCAAUGGGGUACCAGGCUUUCAAUCUCAAUCACCAAGUCCAAGGAUUCACUGGUGGUGUGCAAAUGAGGACUAGUCCCCAGAAGGGGUUGGUGUGUUUGCCACAGUUGACAACGAAUGGAUAUCAGACCAGACCAGACCCUAGGGCCGAAUCCCCCAUUUGGCAGCGAAUGGAUGGAGCAGUCCCUGAUCACCAGCUGUCAAAAAACGGGGAAAUGCUGCCGAUUCCAACAAACGGCAGCAGUAACAGAACAGUAUCCCAUUCAUCAGACAGGAAAGAUUCCUAUGUCAGUCAAUCAACAACUAGCAGUAGCCCUAAGCAAACCACCCAGAGGAGCACGCAGAAUAAAGGCGUGUCGGUCACCAAACUGGCUGAAAUUGAGUCCAAGGGAGUACACACCUCCCCCAUUCAUAAACGUUGUGAUCCGGUCCCAUCUGAAUCAAGUGUUUUAGACCAGGUGAACCCAACGCCAACAUCCAGAUCAGAGCCCUCAUCUAAGUAUGACAGCCCCCAGCAUCAUGCCCGCAACAGUUCUCGUCUACGCUCUCUCUCCCAUCAACCGUCUCCUUUGAUCUUGAGUGCCGCAAUCUCAAGAGCCAAGGAAGAGAUUGAGUACAGACAUCAUCGCAAUAACAGCAGGGACUCUGAUCAAAUGGCCAGAGAUAUAUUGCUUUUACGACGGCCUGAUGGGGCUGAUGCUAAAGAGAUGGAUUCAGAUUGUCAUUUCAAUUAUAUCGCUAGUAAAAUCCAGCAAUAUGAACUUUCUGAGGAGACAAAGGAAUUGGCUGAAAUCCUCUCAACAUGCAGCUCUGAACGACCCCCUGCAAUCGGGGCAUGCUCCUCCCCGGCGUUUGAAGUGGAAGUGAACCCAUGCUUCUCUCAGGAACUUGAUGAUGCAUUAAUCAAGGAUGCUCUUAAUCCUGACUUGCCAGUUUUGGAUGGUAAGCUGGACAGAGAAUCAGUGGAUGAAGUGAUAACUUGCCAGCAAUGUUCAUCAUCAGAACUGGACAAUGAAGGGUCAGUUACAGCACCCCAAGUACCAUGCAAACCAAGCAGAGGCCUUGUGAAGCCCAAAAUGAUCUCCUCCCACCUACCUCAGUCAGAAUCAGAAAUUCAGCACAAGAAUUCAAAAAACCUGAGCGCUAAAACCAGUGAUACUUCAAGGAUACCUGUGCCACCAACAAAGAGCAAGUUGCUCAAAGGGAGUUCAAUACCAUCUAAAAUAGAGAAAGGCAGCAAGCUUCCAAUCAGGUCCACUAGCCUGACGUCAGUCAACUCACAGAAGAAUGUACAAAAUGCCAAAACGUCUUCCAAGUCUAAGGCUUCAUUAGGUCCCUCGAAGUCAAAUCGCAGUGAUGACAGUGCAAGUACCACAAGCAAAAGCAGUUCAGUGUCUUCCAGAAAGACUGUGCCACUCACAAGUAAGAUCCCUCAGAGCAGCACCAGUAAGCUGAGCCCACCAGGACCCAAACCGGGACAGAAGACUUCCCAGGGUGCUUCCUCCAGCCUGCCGGUCAGGAACAAAUCUCUCAGCAAAUCUGCACCGUCGCUAAGCAAGUCAUCUGGAGCAGCAGCUGCUGCAGCCGCAUCUAAGAUUCCAACCAGUGCUGGAGCUUCGGGAGAGAAGGCACUCUUGCGGAAUGUCAACAGCAACAUUUCACAGCUCCAACCUGGCAACAGACUAACCAACUCUUCAGAUGGCAGUAACGAUAGUGGCAUUGCAUCUAGUGAGAGUGUCCCAACACCUUCCAAACGCUCCAUCUUAUCUCCGUACUCCACUGUCACCAAGCCGCGAGUCCUGCGCGGUUCUAGCAGCGGGCACGGCAGUGAUAACAGCAGUACAUUGAGUGACUGUCAGACAUCUAAUAACGUGACAAAGUGCCGUGUUGGUGGAGGAGCAAGCAGUGGAUAUGAGAGCAUGCUCAGAGACAGUGAAGCAACGGCGAGUGGUUCAUCCUGCCAUGAUUCCAUGAGUGAGUGCUCCAGUGCUCGGCUGAAGAACUCCAAACUCCCAAAAAAGAAGUUUCCAGGGUCGAGGCGGAGUCGCAGUGCCCCACCCCGCUCAGCCACAGACAGUCACCAAGGCAAGAGCAACCGAUGGAAGGACUUACCACCCAGACCUAAAUGCCACGAGGAGGGGGUUGAAAUCAAAGUCUAUGAGGUAGAUGACGUACAGAAGCUGCCUCAGCAGAGAUCAGAUGCUGUCAAGAGUGAUCCUCUAACUUCAACUGAUGACAGAGUACUCAAAGGCACAAAGUCCGAGGGCACUUUCUGGAAGAGAUGGAGCCCGGCCCACCCCAACUCCCUCAGACCCUGGCGCAAGAGACAGCCCUCCUGGAAAAGUGACUGAGGACCCCGAUGACCCUACUACUUUAACCCCUGGUUCCAUUGCAAACCUUGAUUCUCCCAGCUAUCUAAGCUGUGAGUCUGAAGAAACUACUGGAGGAACUGAACACAUAAUGACUGAGCAUCGGUCUGGCCCUGUUGACCCUUCAACUUUGACCCCUGGUUCCAUUGCAAACCAGGAUUCCCCCAGCUAUCUAAGCUGUGAGUCUGAAGAAACUACUGGAGGAACUGAACACACAAUGACUGAGGAUCGGUCUGACCCUGUUGACCUUUCAACUUUGACCCCUGGUUCCAUUGCAAACCUUGAUUCUCCCAGCUAUCUAAGCUUUGAGUCUGAAGAAACUACUGGAGGAACUGAACACAUAAUGACUGAGCAUCGGUCUGACCCUGUUGACCCUUCAACUUUGACCCCUGGUUCCAUUGCAAACCAGGAUUCCCCCAGCUAUCUAAGCUGUGAGUCUGAAGAAGUCAUUACUGGAGCAACUGAACACACAAUGACUGAGGAUCGGUUUGACCCCGUUGACCCUUCAACUUCGAUCCCUGGUUCCGUCGCAAACCUUGAUUCCUCCACCUCUCAAAGCUGUGUGUCUGAAGAAGUCAUUAGUGGAGGAACUAAACACAUAGAGACUGAGGAGCUGUCCGACACUGUCGACCCUUCAACUUCGACCCCUGAAGAAAUCGUAACUCAAGAAAUUGACCACAUUGAAGAGUCACAUAACGAUAGCCCAGAGGGCAGUCUAGGCAAUGACUGAUGAAAACUGCCUGCUCAAAAGUGGUCACAACUUAGCCAAUCAGAAUGCAGUAAAGACGAGUGACAGCACGGCACGAAGCAGCGCCAUCCCAUAUAAGCUCUAAAGUCAUUGGCUACAUUUUAUAUAAGUGAGAUUUACAUCUUUAUUGUACUGUGACAUUUCAAUAUUGACCUUUGAACCCUGAACCAGCGUCAUUACCUCUGUACAUCAAGAGGCUGUGUUUACACAGUGCAUUGACCUUUUGCUGUCAUCAAGUUAUGCGAUGUGUAGACCUUUCGUCAGGACUUUUUUAAGUACAGUAUUUGAUAUCUCAGUGACUCCACAGACGUCAUUUUAUCGGGCUUGUGAUCUAAUAAAUAUGGAUGCCGAUGCAAGAAAACCAUUGAUAUCUGUACCUUUUCUAUGCACAAAGGCGUUCACAGGAUUUCAAGCUUUCGAUGCAACGUGAUUUAUGCAUUUUCCCUUAUGCAGUUUACCCGGUGGUAUGUGCAUAACUAACAAUCUUUAAAAAACAACGAUGACCAUCUUUGCUUGAAGCUUACUUCAGCUGGCUAUGCUAGAAUUUGCAUUACAGGUGCGUAUGAUGUCAAAGGCUACAUUUGUUUCAAGUUUUUCCACAAUCACAAUUGUGAAAUUAGCCUUUUGUGUGGCAUUUCCUUAACUCGUCUUGGAGUCAACUAAAAAUGAUGUAUUGAAAUUUUAAGACCUUUUCUGUAAUCGGGGAGACUGUUUUGUGCCUGGAUUACCAGCAUACUAAGGGUCUUGAUAUCUUAGUGCAUUGAACUUAGUUGUUGAACUUAUACACUGGGUACUAUCUGUAAUGGACAUUCAGUAAUAUUCACUAAGAGUUAGUAUUGAUUCAUGCAUUUCAUCCUCUGAGAUCAUUCCAUGUGGAAUUUGACCCAACCACAGAAAGCAUCAGUCGUUGACUGAACCAUCCAUGGCCUUUCAGAACACUUUAUUCCAUCGCAAUUUGGCCUAUGUAAGCUGCAGCUUGGCGAGGGUGCUAUUUCAUGGCUUGUUUAUAUGAAGAUUAUCACAUUGAAUGUUAACUCCUAGCGACCCAAGAAUGACUUCAAGAAAUCGCUUUGUAGCCGACCUAAAUGCUAAUCAAAUGGUACUUAGUAUACGGCUGGUCAAUCCAUUAGUUUGUGAGAAUUGUCAACCAUGUUUUGUAUUGUAAUUACUGAGAAUAUGUUUGCGAAAAAUAUUUAUAUAAUGUUGGAUGGCUUUGAGGGGAUACAAGAAAAUAUUUCACGAGCUGUAACAAUAUUGCACGAGUGGAAGCCAGCUAUAUCUUGCAAAACGGUAUGUUCAAUAUCCUGUUAACUGAUUACAUUUCAAUACGGUUCAGCAGCCAUUAGAGUGGAUUCCAUACCAGGAGCUAGGUAUUAGAUGUUUGAACAAAAUUUCAUCACAACUUUGUGCAAGCACUCCUUGUAUGGUGGAAACGUAAAGACAACUUUCUAUGGGCAUAAUUAUAGCCUUGAUAUCAUCCAAGAUCUUGAAAACAAGUUUCAGAAAACUUUUUUUUUAAACGAACUUUGUUGGCCUUUUAAUUUGAUUGCAUUUUCUAUCCUUGUGAAGUUGGAGACAAUCUGAACUUAACUAAUGCAUUUUUUUCCACCUGAUUUAUGCAAAUACUAAAAAGUUUGAUUAAAUACUUCAAGAAAGACACACAGCCUUGUGAAAGGACUAUGCUCAAUAUCUUCAUUGACAAAGAAUAUUAAGUGUAAAUUUGCCUCAGUACUACUAUGAACAG